AUGCCGGCCGUUUCCAAGGGAGACGGGAUGCGGGGCCUGGCCGUGUUCAUCUCCGACAUCCGAAACUGUGAGGGGACGCGGACCUUGGGGAAGACCGUACCGCGGGGUGUGGAGGGGCGGGGGGGGGCGGCGGGAGGGAGGCAUUGAAAGCGAGGGAGGGAGGGAGAGAGACGCUGUGGGGCGUCGGGGGGGCGGGCGCCGGACCGCGGGGAGGACUGGGGAGGGGCCGGGUCGGGCAGCGGCCAAGGGGGUGGGCGAGCCGGCGGAGGGGGCGGCCGUUGGCUGAGGGCGAAGGCAGGCAGGGACGGAGGGGGCUCUUCCCAGGCUCCUCGCAGGGGGUCGUGGCGAGUGUGGGGUGGGGUGGGGGGAAAGGAGCGAGCGAGCCACUGCAGGGUGAUGGGUUAAGAGUGGACACGCUUGGCAUUUCGGGCAUGCCCGCCAAGAGAGUGGGCCGCGUGGGGCACUGGGAGAAAUGGGCAUCGUUGGUGGGGGGGGGGUUGUGGGGGAGGGGUGCAGCUGGAGGGAGACAGAAGUGGCCUGAAUGACUGGGGGAUGCCGGGUUGACUGGAGGCUCCCCCCCAACCAAGGGCUACGCAGGUGAUGCUGCCAGUGGGAUGUGCCGUUUUCAGCGCCAGGUGUUCCCCGACUCCAGGACUUAAGGCCUUGGAGAAAGGCGAAGGGGGGUGAUGAGCAGGAAGUUGCAAGGCAGGGGUGGGGGUGGGGGGGUAAGGUGAGGCAUUGGGGGCAAUAAAAAGAGGAAAGAGGUAUAGGAGGACUGUGGAGAGGUUCCCCGCUUUGUCCAGGCGGGAGUUGGGGUUCUCCUCCUCAGCUAACGCAAGGGCAUCCGGAGAGGUUGCAAGUGAAUCAGGCGCCGGUACUCGGGCCUCGCCAGAGCAGAUUGGAUGGACUGGCUCCAGAACUUCCCAUGGGCUGAGUUAGGUUUUGCAUGAAUUGCCUUUCUUUGGGGAGCGUUGUGUUGCGUGUAGGGUUGAAACGGAUCUCCAGAAAUUGGCACCAUAAGGAAUGUUGUUGCCAGCAAAUGAGGAACAGCUAUGUACAUCCUGUGUUAUGUUUUUUUUUUUAAAGGAUUGUGGGAGGAGGAGAUUCUGCUUUGAAAUGACAAAAUAAAAUGUGGCAGGGCUUCUGAUUCUUGUUGGGUAGGGCAUCUUUUCCAUGGGGUUCAUACCCCAUUGCUGUUGGCUGGAGUCUAGAGGAGCAACAGUUAACAGGUCAAAUGUGUGGCUCUGUUAGAGCGUGGCUGUUGAGUAGACAUUUGUGGUUCAUUACAAAACCCUAGCAUUAUUUGACACUCUCGAGCACAUAAAUUUCCAGUUUCUGGGCUUAGUAGCAAGUAUUUAGCAAGUUGUUUUUCAAACUGCUUUUAUGAUCUUGGGAGAGAUUAUAGUGGUCACGGAAACAAGGGUGUUAUAUUUGAAACCGAGGAGAUCCCAAUCCAGCUUUCAUCUGCUUAUAUGGGGAUGCUGUGUGGCCAGAGGCUAGAAUUAUUUGAUUCAGCCCACUUUCCCCACCUCCUUCUCUUGAAUCCUAGUUUCCCCCUCCACCCUUCCUCUCCUUGGCAAAGAAACCCACAGACACAAGUGUUGUGCAACAUCAAUUUUGCAAGAACAAUACAAGUAGCGGUUACCAGAACAAUACUCUGUGGGUGACAGCUUGCAGGGUUAAUGUCACAUCGUCAUUUUUAGACAGCAGAUCUCCUAAAACUUAUUCCUUUCCCUUCUACUCCCACCACUGAGGUUUAGCAAUGAAGUCUGAGUGAAGAGCACAACCCAUCACCGUAAUAGAAAAUAUUAUUAAAAAGUGAAUUUGACCAGGCCGUGACAAAAUGUAGUUAUGUGACAUGUUGGAACAUUCUUGAGAUAACUUCAUUGCACUGAAAAUUAAUUGGGGAGAGGGGAGGAGAGAAUCAUCCUGUAGUGCAGAGGUGGGGAAGCUUUGGCUAUCUGGGUAUUGCUGAACUACAACUCCCAUCUUCCUUGGCCAUUGGGUGUUCUUGCUGGGGCUGAUGGUAGCUGCACUUCAGCAACUUCUGGAGGACCAUGGGUUCCCCACCCUUGCUGUAGGAAAUUCAGCAGAGCUUAAAGACUGUCUGAAUUGGCAAAGGGUAAGUGGAGACACAGGCCUCUUUCCCUGUGUCUUUGCUUGGAGACGGAGGUUUUGUGUGUGUGUGUGAUGUUCUAGAUUCGAGGCUGCCUUUGAACAUUGUAGCUGGCCCUGGCAUCUCUGUAAAUAAGUAUUAUGGAAGUGACUAUAGUUCGGUGGUUGAGCAUGUGCUUUGUGUGUAGAACAUCCCAGGUUCAAUUGCUAGAAUCCUAGUUAAAAACAAAUAAGGUAACACAUGAUGAGAGAGCCUUUCUUUGCCUGAGAUUCUACAGAGCUGCUGCCAAUCAGAGUAUAUGAUACAGGCUAGAUGAGCAGUCAGACCUGGUAUAAGUAAGGCAUCUUCUAGGUUUCUAAGGAUCUAAACUUGCAAGAUCAGAGUUCGAAUCUCAGCUUAAGCCUCAGCUUGGGCCUCUUACUGAGGUGGCUUUAUGCAGAUUGAUGCAGACCCAUAUGCCUACUGUAUCACAUUGACAAUUUGGAGACACCAGUAUUUUGUCAGUUCUUCUCUGAAUUAAAACCUGGAAGUGGGUGGUCCAUUUCUGGAACUCCUGUUGACACACCUCCUCAGUGCUUAUGUCCUAAAAAUAGCCAAAUUAAAUGAGUGGUUCCUCCUGCGCCUUUAAUAACUGUGUGCAGGAGGGCAUUUUGUCAGGUGCAACAUGUCCUGCAGGAAUGAGAAAAGCAGCAGCUGCCAAAAUUCCCUGGCAAACAACUAUUAAAGGUGCAGGGAGCCUGCCCUUUUUGGCAGCCAGCCAUUCUAGUCUCAGGAAAUCCCACAUUCCUGUUUGUGAAAAGUGAACCCUUAUCCUCCAUUUCCAUCUGUAAAAUGGGCAAAGACUGAAGGGGACUUUGACUGAAGGUCAUAUGAAUGAGCGAACCAGGCCAAAUCAUUUGCAGUUGCAAGCCACAAACUGUUAACAGAGACAUCAGUGUUUAGAAAAUGUCAGAGAGGUGUUUCCCCAAGGCCUUAGGAUGAAUAUUUUGGGACGGGAUGUUGUGUGCAAAAUGUUUUGAGUCGCAGGUGUCUCUUUUAUUGACAUGACAGAAAUGGUGUGUUGACGGUUGGGAGAAUUCUAGAGAAGUUUCUGAAAGGAGCAACAGUUCAGGAUUCCUGAGUCUCUCUCCAGCACCAGCGAAAGAAGGAACAGGCAGCCAGGGAAGCACCAGGGAAUGUGUGGGCAGCAGUGCUGCGUCUGAGCCGGAAAGGAGGCUGCAUCUCAGCGCCAGUUGAUAUGUUAUGCUUUUGAAGAUGUAGGAGUCCUUCCAGCAGUUGCAUAUGUGGGUGGAUGUCAUGUGGGAAACAUUAAUGCAGACCUGUGAAAUCUGGAAUUCCAUGAUGGGCUGAGAGCUUGGCCUCGGGAGUGGGACACUGAAUCCUGCAUCAGUGGGGAAGCUAAGGAGAUGUGGACGAGAUCAGUGAUGGGGGCGGGAGUCUCAUGGAGAAGUCUCUGGGCUUGUAAAGCAAGAGCAGGAUGCAAUAGUUAACACAUUUCACAGGUCUGUCGCAAAGACAUUCCUGCUUGUUACUGAUUUCCUCAUAUUAUACAGUCAUGCAGGUAUUAAUAGUCCUGGGAGUCUUCUAUUAGAGGCGAUGGAUCUUCGUGGGAAACCUGUGGCCUUCCUUAAAUUGUUGGACUCCAGCUCCCUUCCCACCAGCCAGGAAAGGUGGGAGUUCUGGUCCAGGUCCAACAACAUCUGGAAAGCCACCCUAGAGGGGGGUCAUGGGCCCUUAUGUUUCAGGUUCUUUCUUUUUGCACCUCUUAAGCAUUGUGAUGUUGGACCAUCCACUUGGCACUGCUCACACACUUCUGACAGGGUGUUACUGGGACAAAAUGAGAGAGCAAUCCAGACUGUUUAACUGCAUGACACUUUCUAUUUUUAUACACACAUAUAUAUAUAUUUAAAAAGACUCCUGGCAAUGAAAUUGGACUAAGGAACUUACCGUAUUUUUCGCUCUAUAACACGCACCAGACCGUAACACGCACGUAGUUUUUAGAGGAGGAAAACAAGAAAAAAAUAUUCUAAACAAAACAGUGGAUGUAUGAUUUUUGUGGUUCAUGCUGUGGCCACAGACAUGUGAUCUGACAGUGAGUUUGGAGUAGCCCAAUGCAAAAAUCCUGAGGAUCCAUGUGGAUCCAUGCUUUGUAACCACGUUUUUGCACCACUGCGACCCCAGGCAACAGUGGGUGCGUGAUUUUUUUGGUGCAAGAUGUAGCCAUGGAUAUGCUAUGUGAUCUGAUGGUGAAUUUGGGGUGACCCAGUGCAAAAAUCCUGAGGAUCCAUGUGGAUCCGUGCUUUGUAACCACGUUUUAAGUGGGGAGGGAAGGAAAAGCACUCAAGGGACAAGGAGCACGCAUGGGGUGUGUGGAGAAGGAUGCUGCUAAUAAUGCUAUUUAGCGAGCUGAGUGGGGAGGAGAGAGGGACAGAGAGCCUGCUUGAUUUAAAGGCGCCAACCGGACAGGAGCCGCUUACACUCGUGUACGCGGCUCCUCUCCUUUCCCGCUUUGCUCCUUUAAAGCAGGCUCUCUGUCCCUCUCUCCUCCCCACUCAGCGGCUCUUCUCCCGCUUUGCUGUUUCAAAGCAAGCCACGGAGGAGGGAAGGAAGGGGAACCAUGGAUCCUCUGCUCACAAAUGCAGCAGAUCCCCCCUGCCACCCGUAGGCAUUCGCUCCAUAACACGCACAGACAUUUCCCCUUACUUUCUAGGAGGAAAAAAGUGAGUGUUAUGGUGCAAAAAAUACGGUAGUUGUUUUUCCUGCUUCAUUCACAACAAAUGCAAGGAGUUGUGUGUUUACCUGUUUGUGUCAGGUAAAAGUUAAAACAUAUGGUGGAGAUAUAAGGGAACACACUCUCUAGAGAGCAUCACCCUGCACUGUAGUUUAAAUAAUAAUUGCCACCCAACCAACCACCCUCCAGAGUAGCUCCUCCGGUUUUCUGUUUUGUUGGGUUAAGAAGCCCGUAUGUCUUUCACCCUUCCAUUUAAUGGUUUCUCCUAGCUUUGAACUUACCAUGUUUCAGUCCUGAGCAAGGAAGGACCAGCGGAGACUAUCCCGUUAUGGUGAAUGGGGCACUCCCCAACCAACCUCUAUCUGCCUUCUAUCAGUCCAUGGGUGGCAUCAGCUAGCAACUUCCUCCUCAGUUUCAGUAGUGCAGAACUCAGCAGGGAAGAGGAUGGGAUUGCAAAGCUAUACAUGAUUCGGCUCUUCGCAUCAUUGGCUCUGACUCCACCCUCUGCUGGUUUCCAUGCCUUCCGAUCCCAGUGGGUGACCUACUAUUGCCAUUGGGCACCUGUCUUCUUCCCCAAAAGGGGUCAAUCACUGUGUCCCAUAUAUAAAAAGCAGCCCCACACCAGAACAAGUUGUAUAUGCAAGGGAUCCAUGUGUACUUGCCCCCUCCCCUUGUUUAUGGGUGGUUUUGUGCUUCACCUGGCAAAUCCUUUUUAGGUCCUAGGCCCUGUCACUAAAAGUGGCUGUUGUGGAAAUAAGAGAUGGGGUUCCCUUUUCUGAGAGUGGCGCUGUCUUCAAUCUGGCUCUCGCUCACUCAGGAGCCAACUGGAAAAGGAGUGUUUACUCUUCAGGUGCUCCUGUGUAGACAAGAGAAGUCUGCCCUUUCUUGCCAGUUCUAGUAUGGGGUUGACUGCUUCACACAGCCACCUCCAAAGCGGUACAAGUUGCCUUUUGUGGGUGACCUCUGUGGGCUUCCCCCCUCCCUGUAAGGACCCACAGAUGUGGGAGGUCCAUGGCUGAAUCGUCCAAUUCCCCCUCCCUUCAUUUAAAAGCAGACCCCAAAAUUAGAUCAGAGCAGUGGGCGGGUAGUAAUCCUUUCUUCCUAUACCACUUCCCGAAUCUGGGUGUUUUCUAUCAGGGCAAAGAGCGGUAGCUUUAUUCAGUGUGUUUGUGUUAGAUUUUGGUUGGGUAAAUAGCUGUCUGGGGUUAAAUCCCACCUUUUCCCUAGGGCUACUGCUCUGAUCAAAAUCAGAGUUCCCUGGUGGCUUCUAAGGUGUCAUUUCUGGCGGGGGGGAGUUUGGAGCUCUGAUCACAGAUCUUGUGGUCUGCAUCUCAUGUACUUUGGCCCGUAAGUGAUGGCAAAGCAGCAAAAUGGCUAUGACUCUUUCCUUUUGGUGUGUUGCUGGAUGAUGUUUUGUUCAUGACCGUUUCCAUUUGCUGGUAUUUUUUCCAAGCUCUUUCUCUCUCCCCCAAUAUUAUUUCUUUGUUCCCUUUACGUACUGGUAGGCAUUUAGUAGUACCAAACUCAUAUCCAGGUGAGUUGAGUGGGUGUUGCAUAGAGAAGGCUGGCUUGUCCCUUGUUUGAUGCCUUUGUCUUUGAUUCCAGGUAAGAGCAAAGAGGCUGAAAUCAAACGAAUCAACAAAGAGUUGGCCAAUAUCCGGUCCAAAUUCAAGGGUAAGUCCUUCCUCGGCUAUCUCUCCCUCCUCUCUCCCCCUUCCCCCUUCUUCCAAUCUGCAGAAUAUGCUAUUUCACACCAUAGAUCCCGACAGCAGCUCCAUGAGUCAGCCUGACUUACUCACGGUUUCUCAUUUUUUUCCUCUCUCUCUCUCUCUUCCUCCACGACUGUGCUUAUCUGUAGUCAUUGCCCAGGUUGGUUCAGCUCUCGCCGUCCAUCUUUUCCUAAUACCCUGUCAGCAAUGCUCUGCAGAAAGGUGCUUUAUGUAGUCCGUCCGCAGGCAACAGAUGAGGGAUGACCCUGUGCUCAGGGUCGAAAUGCUAAACAGCUGGACUGUCCCAGCUGGACUGCCUCCACAAGCUGGACUGUCUCCAGCUGGGACAUUGAAAUGAACUUGAAAAGGUCUGAUUCCCAGGCCCUCUGCUCUGACUGGUAGCCCUCCUUUCUCUUCCUCGAGAAUCCGGGAGUUGCUUGUGCCAGCACCGUGCACAGUCCUGUUUUAAACCAGUCUCGUCCAAUGUGGCCCAGGAAUUCAUUUCUCCAGACAACCUUUUGCUUCUGAUGCACUGAACUCCCUCCCCACCCAAACCUGGAUCCAGAUAUUGAUCUUUGCAUAUUUGAAGCUUCUGGGACAUGCUGGGGUGGGUGGGUGUUGCAGGGCUAUUUGUGCUGCUGGAGAAGGGCAAUUUUCUCUGCUUCCGCUGCAAAACAAAAGAGGGGAGGCUUGGAACAGAAACCCAAACUGUGUUCCUGGUUGGAUUAGCAGAAUUUAACAAGCUCAGUUCCUCAACAGUCUUUGUGGUCAGGCCAUUCAACAAGGAGGGCGGGGUAGGGCAGUCAAAAGUGCACAGUUGUGCAAUUUGUGACAAGUUUCUUUUAAAGGAGGAGCAUGUUUGAGUUAGGAGCAUGACAGAAACCAGCAGUCCUUCAGGUACAAUCCACUUAUCCUCCCACCCCUGGGAACACAAGAAUGUUGUUAAGGACCAGACAACCAACCCCGAUUAUUUCACUUUGUGUCAUGUGGCAGAUAGCAGUGAUUACCACAAAUGCAUACGCUGCUUAGAUCCUCUUUAUCCCACCCAACUCUCACUAGUCUACUUCCAGAGAACCUUGUGGUUCCCAGAACCCCAUCCCAAAAAAUCCAGUCAUUUUGGUUCCUUCCUUACACUGGCCGUCUCUACCGAACCUCCUCCUUUUCUCAAAGCACAGCAUGAUCUAGCUGUCUGGGAAUCUCUGUGGAUGUUAACUGCAUGCUGCAGUUUUGAAACUGCCCGCAGAAUCCUUUGAACCUGAGUGUUCGUUUCAAUUUGAAGGGGAAAGUUUCUAGCUCUCAUUAUUUGGCAGCGUGUUGUCUUUUGGCAGAAAUGGUUACCUGGGUAGAGUUCCUUUGCUCAGUGUUGCUUUGGAUCCCUCUCACUCCCCGUCCCCGCGUGUUACGAAACAGUUACGUCUUCCUCGGUUCUGAUCAAGAAUAGCUCAGAUGGUGGGGAGAAGAAUGAAUGGCACAACUACAAUGCGACAGCAGUUUGACCUUCUAUUCUAUGAACAGCUCCUUUGCAAUUUCAAAUUGAAGACUUUUAUAAUAUAUCGUCGUAAUUUCCUGCAUUAGUGUUGCAGGAGAGGAAUGGAUCUUCCGUGAGCUCCAUUGCCCCCGAGGUUGCAUCACAAAUGUGUUUUACGAUACUCCUGGGCACAGUAUUUCCCCCCAUCUCUCAUGUAUGUACGCAUGCACGCAAACACACUAAGUCAUGCCUGCAUACAUUGGAGGCAAGUCUUUCAAAGUGCCUGCUUUUUGUGCAGAAGGUCCCACCUUCAAUCUGCGGCAUCUCCAGAUGGGGCUGGGAGACAGCGUUACCUGAAAUGCUGGAGAGCUGCUGCCAGUCAAAGUAGACAGUAGUGAGACAGAUGGACCAAUGACCUGACUCUGAAUAAUAAUAAUAAUAAUAAAUUUUAUUUAUACCCCGCCCACCCCAGCCAGAGCCGGGCUCAGGGUGGCUAACACCAGUAAAAUUACAGUAAAAUCAUAAUGGGGAGGGGGGGAAUACCCAAUUUAAAAUACAGGUUAAAAUGCAAUUUAAAAUGCAGCCUGAUUUUAAAAGUAGCCCAUAGAUCAAAACCGUAAGGGAGGGAAAACAUAAGGGUCAGACUGAGUGCAAACCAAAGGCCAGGUGGAACAGCUCUUGUCUUGCAGGCCCUGUGGAAAGAUGUCAAGCCCCUCAGGGCCCUAGUCUCUUGUGACAGAGCAUUCCACCAAGUUGGGGCCAGUACUGAAAAGGCCCUGGCCCUAGUUGCGACCAAUCUAACCACCUUGCGACCUGCGACCUCCAAAAUGUUGUCAUUUGUGGACAUUGAGGUCCUCUGCGGGGCCUACCAGGAGCUUCCUAAGCAAUUCCUUCUUUGUUGGAAAGAGACUGGAGAAAAAGAAGAGAGUUCUCUUCUUCUCUGCAAUGCUGGUUAGAGUAGCCUGGAAAGGGAUGCAAUCUUCCUUCCCUUACCUGAAAAGGGAUGUUUAGUAUAGCACUUGCCAGAGGCCAAAGUGGAAUCUAAUCCAGAGAUUUUGUGGACAGAACUUCUGGCACUUUUGAGCCCACUUGCACCAGUGGGAAGAAUCUGCUGAGAUGGAACAGAAUCCAAGCCUGAGAAACUCUAUCCUUGAGAUGGGAAGGGGAUCAAGUUUCUAGUCAUUUACUUAUUUAACAAAAUCCAUAUGCCAUUUUAUUAUUGCUUUUUUAAAAUUGGUUUUUAUUAAAUAUUGUGUUACAAAACAAACAGGAAACAGAGAUUCCACUUUUGAGUCAUAGUGUCUUUUUCACAGUUCGUUUACAUUCGGUAUGAGACACAAUUGUCAUAGACUUCGUGCGGUUUUGGGGAGGGGGAAAUACCGCUAGUGUUAAAAAAACCAACCAACCUCUAAGCGGUUUGCAAAAAUACAAAAUAAAACAUUCAAAUUGUUUAUUAAAAAAACCAGUUAAAACCAUUAUUUUAAGCAAAAAUUUUAAAAAAUAUUAAAGUCAGCAGUAGCUAAAAAAAGAGAUGAAAGACAUGCAACGUCUACAUAGAAUCGUAUAAUUGUGGAGUUGGAAGAGACCCCAGGGGUCAUCUAGUCCAACCCCCUGCAAUGCAAGAAUCUCAGCUAAAGCAUCCAUGACAGAUGGCACUGAAAAAGAAUACAGUGGAACCUUGUCUUACAUCCGCCUCUUGUCGCGGACGUUCCAGGUUGCGACUGCGGCAAACCCAGAUGUAAACAUCGGGUUUGCUGCAAUUCGCACAUGCGUGGAAGCAGCUUCUGCCAUCUAUGCGUGCGCACAAGUGGCUGCCGCCUCUAUGCAUGUGCAGAAGUGCGCUGCCGCCGAAUGCACAUGCGCACAACGGCGCCUCUACUAGCAUCUGGUUUCGCCCAGCGGAUGGGCCUCCGGAACGGAUUAUGAUCGUAAGUGGAGGUUGUACUGUACAGUGAAGGCAGGAGAUCCAAAGUGUAGGUGCUGCCACACUAAAAAUAUAGAUUACUUACAAGUGUGGAAUGGGCAUUAUUUGGCCUCUGUAACAGUGCAUAUAUGGGGUAAGGGGAUCCCAUAGGUAAACUUGCUGUGCCCAUUAAGCAGGUCAGGCAUCUCUGUUAGGCAGAGUGAGGUGGCCAUCUCAGGCAGCAUUUUUGGGUGCUAUGGAAGAGCAGCGAAUGGCUGGCAAUUUUAAUUUAUUAGUAUUGUACUUUUAGCUGGAGAAAGGGACUUGUGGGAUUGGCUGCGUCAACUAAAAUAACACGGCUGGCCUUGAGUAAUCUGUACCUUCCCUUAAGGAGGGGGCGGGCAUUCGCUUCUGCACCUCAGGCAGCAAAAUGGUCUGUUCUGGCCCAGAGUGAAAUUGCAGGGACCAUGUAAAAUGACCAGUGGUCAUCCAGAUGUUGCUGGGACCCCCCCCCCAUCAUGUCUGACUAUUUCCCAUCCUGGCUAGGGCUGAUUGGAGUUUGAGUCCAACAGCACAUCAACACCCCUGUUGAGAUGAUCAUUUCUCUGAUCUCCUGACGCGAAUCUCCUACUUUUAUUCUUGUUUUAAUUGUCAUGCUCUUUUAAUGGGUUUGUUUAUCAAUUAUGAAUGUCGUAAUGUGGCUGUUUUCCUAUGUGUUUCAAUUAGUGGCAGCUGUAUUUUUAUUAUUGGUUUUGUUCAUGUUAUUUUGAGAAUAGGCUUUCAUUUGUUUGUGGACCUCCUUGGUAUUUGAAAGGUAUCACAUAAAUUCUUUUAAUAACAAUAACAAUGGGGGGGGGGGAGCGUGUUUCACAGGUUUCCCUUCUCUGAAAUUCUCUGCGACAGUUAGAAGAAAUUUUCUGAGAACGCCUGCCUCCUUCUCAAGCCCACCCUGGGCAGCUCAAAAUAGGAAAGCAUUCUGAAGGCUUGAUAGUACUAGACUGGAAAGCUUUUGCCACUGCUUCCCUCCCUUCCCACGCUCCUGGCUUGCAAGACACCUCUCUCCUUCCAGCAGUGCCAGUGACCUCCCCCUUCCCUCUCCCUCUUGCUCUUUCCCCUCUCAGGAGAUAAAGCCUUGGAUGGUUACAGCAAGAAAAAAUAUGUCUGCAAGCUGCUUUUCAUAUUCCUGCUGGGCCAUGACAUCGACUUUGGUCACAUGGAGGCUGUCAACCUGCUCAGCUCCAACAAGUACACAGAGAAGCAAAUUGUGAGUAGGCUUGAGGGGCCUGGGGUGGGAGGCUGGGGGUCUCCCCCCUUUCCCCCCCCAGUUAAACUGGCUCCAGCUCUCCCUUGGUCUCAGUUCCCCAUCUGUAUAAAUAGAUAUAAAGGAGCAACAGGCAGCUACCUCCCAAUGUUAUCAUCAGAAGUCAGAGUGCCAAGUCUGUAAGGAAUUUAUUAGGGAAGGCUGUGCUAGUUAUUUUCAUUACAUUGUUGUUAUUCACUCCAAGAGGGUCAGGAUAUUAUAUCCCACAUAUAGUCCUCCCCCCCCUCCCCCUGGGACAUCUAGGGAUUUUUUUUAAAUAAAAAAAAUACGGACAAGUAUUCUUCUGUUGUGCAACAUACAUACACACACCUCUGUGUUGGUGUCAUCCAGGAACAAGUUUUCCACCUUUUCUGGUGUUUUAUGUGAACUACGCCUGGAUAGAGGUUUCAGUCUAGGCCUCUGUAUCCCAGAUGUGGGGAACCUUUCACUCUCUGGAUGCUGUGGAACUACAACUCCCAUCAGCCCUAGCAAGCAUGGCCAGGGAUGAUGGGAGUUGAAGUUCAGCAGCAUUGGCCUCUGGGCCAAUGAUUAUCCACACCCACAACAUUCCAAUUCUCCCCACUUUUUCACUUUCCUCACAUGGUAUUGUUCUUUUUCUUCUUUGUAUUUUGAGCUAUUUGUAUCAAUGAGGAAGUAUCAUGCCUGUUAAAUAAAGGAGUGACCCAUGGCACUGACAAUCAACUCUAAAAUGCUUUGGAUGGAAACAGUUUGGCUGCCAGGGUGUGUCGCUGCAGGAAUUGUAGUGCAGAAAGGAGCUCCUGUUUGCUGAACUGUACAGCACAUUAUAUGGCUGCAUGCACACCGUAUAUUUGCCGCACAUUUACAGCCCACCCCUCCCGCAGAUAAUCCUGGGAACUGUAGUUUGUGCUGGGAAUUGUAGUUCUCCGUGUGGUGAACUACGGUUCCCAUGAGUCUUUGGGGCAAGCCACGUGCUUUUCAUGUACGGUGUGCACACGAUCUUUGUCUGCCUCGGGAGCGCCAGCCAACUUCGUUCUGGCCCCUUUUCUGCUGUGGGACAGAGUGGAGAAAAGCCUCUAUGAUUUUGUGGGUUGUGUGUCCAUGCCUCUCCCCUAGCUCAGAAUGUGCCUGCAUGUGUAUUUAUCUGCCUCUUCUCUGCCCUAGGGUUACCUGUUCAUUUCGGUGCUGGUGAACUGCAACAGCGAGCUGAUCCGCCUCAUCAACAACGCCAUCAAGAAUGACUUGGCAAGCCGCAACCCCACCUUCAUGUGCCUGGCCCUGCACUGCAUUGCCAAUGUGGGCAGCCGUGAGAUGGCCGAGGCCUUUGCCUCUGAGAUCCCCCGCAUCCUGGUGGCCGGGUAAGCCAGUCCCACUAGAGAAAGCCGUUUGCUCAGAGGGAGUCUAUCCACAAGAGGCAAGGAACAUACAGUGGUACCUCUGGUUACGUACUUAAUUCGUUCCGGAGGUCCGUUCUUAACCUGAAACUGUUCUUAACGUGAAGCACCACUUUAGCUGGUGGGGCCUCCUGCCGCCACCGCACCGCCAGAGCACAAUUUCUGUUCUCAUCCUGAAGCAAAGUUCUUUACCCGAGGUACUAUUUCUGGGUUAACGGAGUCUGUAAUCUGAAGCGUAUGUAACCUGAAGCUUAUGUAACCCGAGGUACCACUGUAUACAGGUCUGGUUUGUGUCUCCAGGCAUCCUUUUUACAGUGGUACCUCAGGUUAAGUACUCAAUUCGUUCCGGAUGUCCGUUCUUAACCUGAAACUGUUCUAAACCUGAAGCACCACUUUAGCUAAUGGGGCCUCCUGCCGCUGCCAGGCCGCCGGAGCACGAUUUCUGUUCUCAUCCUGAAGCAAAGUUCUUAACCCAAGGUACUAUUUCUGCGUUAGCGGAGUCUGUAACCUGAAGCGUAUGUAACCCGAGGUACCACUGUAUUGUGAUCUGAUGUGAUGUGAUGCCAUCUGUGCGGUUAUGCACAAUCUCACUUCCAGUGCUCUUUGUGCCUCCAAAGGUUUUGUGGCAGCCAUCCUGCUUCAUUCCCAGUUGGUGCCUGUCCUGUAAGUUUCCUCCCAAAACCCUGGAACCUUUUAUGCCGCAAAUGUUCAGGGUGGUGUUUUUUGUUGCCCAUGUUUUGCACUCUAGCUAGACAGCAGUAACACAGGGAAAGUAUCGCAGAACAGCUAACAAAGCGGAACAGUGUGGACGGUCCCAAUAUCAAUCCACUGCUAACGUACUGUUAUUUCAUCAAAUUUUCUGUUUUACAAUUUAAAACACUCAUUUUACAUGCUUAAGAUAUCAAUAACUUCCCUUCUUCUCUUUCCAUGGUUCACUUUACAUAUUUUAAAUCCCUGCAUAUUUUACAAAAACUAUACCAUUCAGUAUUCCGUUACUGCAUCCAUCAAAACUUAUUUUCACUGCUGAGUUUUUCUUACUGCUGCCAGCGUUUUCAGCUGAAGACAAUUUUUUCCCGUAUAGUCAAUAAACAUUUUCCAAUCUUCUUUAAACAUAUGUUCUUCUUGUUUUCUUCUUCUAUAUGUUAAGUCUGCAAGUUGUGCAUAUUCUGUCAACUUAAGUUGCCAUUCUUCUUUGGUUGGGACCUCGCUCAUUUUCCAUUUUGAGGUGAACAAAACAUAGGCCGUAGUACUAGCAUACAUAAAUAACCUUUUUUUGACACCUGGGAAUUUUCAUCUGAAUUAUCCCUAACAGAAAGGACUCGGAUUUUUUGGGAAAGUACUUUUAAACAUUUUUUUCAGUUGAUUAUGGAUCAUCAGUUGCUCUGCUAUUGACCUGUUCUCCUUCCUUCACCCGUCUUGACCCACCUAUUUGUCUGCAACUGCCCCUCAGUGACACCAUGGAUAGCGUGAAGCAGAGUGCUGCCCUCUGCCUCCUGCGCCUCUACAAGACCUCACCCGACCUGGUGCCCAUGGGAGAGUGGACGUCGCGGGUGGUGCACCUUCUGAAUGAUCAGCACAUGGUACGUAACCCCCCCCCCCAGCCUCUGCUUCCUAGGGGCUGACGUAUGGAACCACCCCCGCAAUAAUACACAUAUGGUACGCCCUCCACAUCCACUCAGACACUAUCUAUCACAUGGCCCAUCGCUCGGGGAACACUGAGCUAUUUGUACCCAGAGCUCAAAAAAAGAGUAGCCGGAGAGUUACGCUGCCGAGAGUAAAGGUUCUUCAUAACCAAUAGGUUUUAUUGGUCUGUAUAUGGUGACUCUGGGGUGCACGAAUGAGGGGCAGCAUACAAAGCUUUGGCCACCAACAGACCCCUGUUCAUAGCUGUCAACUUUCAGAUUUGAAAAUAAGGGAUCAGCAGCCUCAUCUGUCCCGGGGGACAGUCUACGGGAUAUCUAACAAUCCGGGAUAGCAAUGGGAAAUGGCGCUGGAAUAAGGGAAUUUCCUGCAAAAAAAGGGAAGGUUGACAGCUAUGCCCCUGUUUAACUAAAGCAUGCUAUUUGCUCCAAAAUGCUCCUAUGUAGUAGGACUUGGCACAUCCUUUACUUCUCCUUCUAUCAUAUGCCCAGUGGGAGCCAGAAAGUGGUGCAUUUGUGCCUCCUUUAGCCCCUUUUGAAGUGGUCUCACUUGGCACACCAUCUUUCUCACCCCCCCCCCCAAAAAAAACACAGGGCGUGGUCACAGCUGCCGUCAGCCUCAUUGCCUGCCUCUGCAAGAAGAAUCCUGAUGACUUCAAGACAUGCGUUUCGUUGGCUGUAUCCAGGCUCAGCAGGGUGAGGUCUGGGUUUGGGGGGGGGGAUGCACAGAAGAGAGCAGGGCACCAAUUAUUUUGCCUUUUAGUUACUGCUCCAGUUGGUUGUACUUGUGCGAGUCUUAUUUCUGGGAACCAGGAUUCCCCUAAACUAGGUGGGUGCUUCUCUCCCAGGGCUGAGAGCAGGCACAGUGAUUUUCAUCAGGAUUAUAGUGGGGAGAGAAAGGGUUAACCUCCCCCCCAAAAAAAUCCCUCUGUUUGCUGCAGCCCCAGUGAAAAUAGUGGCUGCUCUGCACCUGCUUCCAGUUGUUUAAGGAAAGAAACAUGGAGCAGGAAGUGAUGCAUUAAGCGCAUCAGUUCCUCUGCGUCUGUCCACAAAGGCUACGACUCCCUCUCUUGUUGUUUUGCUGUAUUUUGUACAGAUUUGAGCUGUGGUACUUAAAUUGGGAAAACAGCAUGGGGGGGAAUGAACCCCACUGUCUGGCAAAGUGACUCUGAUUCCCAUCUGAUCACUACAAUCUGGUUCCCGCUUCUCCCCAUGACUGUUUCUAAGCACAUCUAGUUCCCCUGCCAGGGCUUUGUGUUAAUGGGUUUACGUAGAUGUGGGGAACUUCAGGCCUAAAGGACAAAUGCGGCCCUCCGAGCCUCUAUGUCUGGCCCUUGGAAGCCCAUACUCCUCACUGGCCGCGCUUCUCACUCCCAGAUGUUUUUGCCUGGCCGGAAUGUAUCCUUGAACUCUUCCUGGAUGGAAUCCACCCACUUGCUCCAACCACUUUUGCCACUGACCCCACACACCACUGCCAUGUGGCCCCCCAGAAGAUUGGCCAGAAGUGAAAGUGGCCCCUGGACUGAAAAGGGUUCCCCACCCCUGGACUAAUGAAUAAUGAGGAUGUUCUAAUAUAGCUGACUCACUGGUGGUUUGUGUUGCUGUGUUUUUACAUCCCACCCCCUGCCCCUCUGGCAGAUUGUGUCGUCGGCCUCCACAGACCUCCAGGACUACACCUAUUACUUUGUGCCAGCCCCCUGGCUCUCGGUCAAGCUCCUGCGGCUGCUGCAGUGUUAUCCUCCCCCAGGUAAGAGGUGGCCUGGAAUUGGGGGGGGGGGCAGCCACUUUGGGUGGCACCCAAGCCCUUCUACGCAAGAAGGCUUUCUCGGUAGUGGAACACCCUCCCACCAGAUGUCAAGGAAAUAAACAACGACCUGACUUUUAGAAGACAAAUGAAGGCAGCCCUGUUUAGGGAAGUUUUUAAUGUUUGAUGUUUUACCGUGUUUUUAAUGGUCUGUUGGGAGCUGCCCAGAGUCGCUGGGGAAACCCAGCCAGAUGGGUGGGGUAUAAUUAAUUAAUUAUUAUUAUACCUUAUUGGCCCAAAUAUAAGAUGCACCCACAAAUAAGACGCACAUUUAACAUUCAAGGCUUACUUGAGGGUGUGGCACUACCACUCUGAAUGGGGGGCAGACGGUGCUCAGCGUCCCCCUCCCCAAGCCGGCGCCAGUGCUUGAUUACGAAUGUGCUGCGCGCUCACCUCCUGGCACUACCAACUCCUGGCAUUACCUCCUGAAGCUGGCGCCAGCCGCCCCCGCCCCCUGUUCAGGGUGGUAUUGCUGAGAGGCGGGUGCGCAGCGCUCGGUUCUGAAUACAAGCCGCAGUCAGAAUUUGGAAAAAAAAGGUGCGACUUAUAUUCAGGCCAAUACAGUAGAUGGAUUGUGUGCAAGGCUCUGUCCAGUAGUUCUCUCUGGGCAAUUAUUCCAGGCUGCCUGUAGGCUCUGUUUAGUUAACAGAAAGCUGGGGAUUCUGGAUUCUCUGGCAGGCAGAGGCUAGCGGAUUAAUGGGAUCUGGCAGCCAGGUAUAUCCAGAUCUCUCUGCUAAUAUAAUGAAGUUCAUUGCCAAGGUUAUCAGAUGUCGCUGUUCUGAAGUGCUGGACGCUGCUCGUACUUCCCAGCAGUCCCGCUUUCCUCCCAUCUCAUUCUAAAUCCCAGAAAUUGAAUUAAGUGGUUUUCAUGUUGGCCUUCAAAUCACAAGAAGGCCCCUUCAGACCAAACACCUAUCCGGUCCAGCACCCUCUUCUCCCAGUGGCCAACCUGAUGCCUAUGGGAAGCCUGUCAGCAGGACAUGAGCAAAAAGCGAUAGGUCGGUGGUAGAGCAUCUGCGUUGCAUACAGAAGGUCUGAGCUUUUAACCCCCGGCAUCUCCAGAUAGGGCUGGGAGAGACCCCAAUCUGAAAUCCUGCUAGUCUUAGUCAACACUGCUGAGCUAGAUAGACCAGGGGUCUGACUCCAUAAAGCACUCUCCCCACUUGUGAUUCCCAGCAAUUGCUAUUUGGAGGCAUUACUGCAUCCAAUCCUGGUGUUAUAGCCCAAUAAUAAUAAUAAUAAUAAUAUAAUAAAAUAAUAAUUUAUACCCCGCCCAUCUGGCUGGGUCCCCCCAGCCACUCUGGGCUGCUUCCAAAAAAACCACUAAAAUACAAUAACCUAUUAAACAUUAAAAGCUUUCCUAAAUGCCUUUAAAUGUCUUCUAAAAGUUUGGUAGUUAUUUUUCUCUUUGACAUCUGGUGGGAGGGCGUUCCACAGGGCGGGCGCCACUACGGAGAAGGCCCUCUGCCUGGUUCCCUGUAACUUGGCUUCUCGCAGCGAGGGAACCACCAGAAGGCCCUCGGUGCUGGACCUCAGUGUCUGGGUGGGAGUGGAGACGCUCCUUCAGGUAUACUGGGCCUUUGAGGCCGUUUAGGGCUUUAAAGGUCAGCACCAACACUUUGAAUUGUGCUCGGAAACGUACUGGGAGCCAGUGUAGGUCUUUCAAGUGUUAUAUGGUCUCGGUGGCCGCUCCUAGUCACCAAUCUAGCUGCCGCAUUCUCUAGCAGGUGAACUUCCUUGUUCUAUAGAACUUCUCAUUGGGUAGGUACUUGAAAGCUUGACCUCACUUGGUCCAGCUUAGCUGAUGAAAUGCUGGCCUUGAACUGACCCAGUAAAAGAGGUUACUUUAUCUAUUUCUCAUCUCUUCUUUCUCAGAGGCCUGGCUCAGAUGUAACAGGAAACCCCAGUUGCCUGCUAUGCGAAUGAGUCUCCCGCAAAUUUAUGCUGCUCCCCUUUCCCCUCCCCAUCUCCUUUUCUGCAUGUCAGAGAAGGGGACCUAACAUUUAUAUAGCAUCACAAAAUGUCACAGCUUUUGUUCAAACAUCUUUAUUGGAAGCCUUCAACACACUUGGAGGCUGUGUGGGAGCCAAGAACCAACCUAAUUCCCACCUCCCAGACUAGUACACGGAUCAGAACAUCAUUAACCUUUGGGUUUUCAAUACUCUUCUCAAAAAAUCUUACCCAAAUGCAUGUUUGGGAUGAAAAGCACUUAGAAAUCCAUACACUAAGAUGAAACAUGUAUUUAAUGACGUAUUUUGUGCUACGUAUUCAAGGACAAUUUUUUUGUACGGAUUUUAAAAAGCAGCCCAGAUUACUGCAGAAAUGGGAGGGAAAGGAUUUUUGAAUGAACAUGUGUGAAAUUAACAUGGGCUGGAGUUAGAUUGGUCUAUCCAUAGGGAAAAUUUAAGGAGAUGUGAAUGGUCAUUGGGAGCCGUGAACCUUGGGUUCUCCUCUUGCUGGGACCUGCUCUAACAUGCUGCUUCCUGGCCUUUGCACCCUCUGCUUUUCCCCGCAGAAGAUGCAGCAGUGAAAGGACGUCUGGUUGAGUGCCUGGAGACUAUACUCAACAAGGCCCAGGAGCCACCCAAGUCCAAGAAGGUCCAGCACUCCAAUGCCAAGAAUGCUAUCCUCUUUGAAGCCAUCAGUCUCAUCAUCCACUACGACAGGUGAGCACCUCACCCUUGUUUGUUCUUCCUUAGCACGGAGACCCUUUAAAUGAGAUGGUGGGAAAAAAUGACUGGUGCUUUUCCAAAGAUAUCUCACUGUGCAAGUGUCUCAGUGGUCCUUGGCAGCCUUUAGAUGGCAGCACCAGGGCAAAACCAGAGAGGGGAAGGGGCAGGUAUGUGAAAAGCUACAUUUUACCAUAUGUGGUGGACGUGUAGAGCGGCUAAGGGAUUUUGAGAGAUGAUUUAUAAUGAGAUAAAGAAAAUAUUUAAGGCAACUCUCCCCAAAAGCACAGAAACUUUUCUUCUAGGGAUAACUGGGUGUGCCCCAAAAAUCAGACAAAUUAAUUUUAAUAGGCAACAACUGCAGCGAGAAUGCUAGAUGCGCAAAACUGGUGAAACGAGGCUGCAUCUAACUAAAGAACAUAGGCAACUGAAAUUGAUGGAAUAUGCAGAAGUAGCAAGCUUAACUAGUAAAAUUAGAGAUCAAGAUAAGGCAGUGUUUAAGGAGGAUUGGAAAAUGUAUGUAGAUUACUUUGAAAAUCAAUGUAAACAUGUUAAAACUCAAGUAGGUUUUGCGUAGGAACAGCAGUAAAAUAUAUAUCUGAGAAUGUCAUGGAGGAGUUAAGGCAUAGAAUAAUUAUGAUAUGCAACUAUGGCUUUUCCCCAAACUGGGGGACAUUGGAUGACAGUCUGGUUGAUUUGAGAGGUGUGCAGUCAGCCGCUGAGCUCCGCUGGGAUGUCCCUCCUGCCAUGCUCAGAUGGGGCUUAACUUUGUUGACCCACAGCGAACCCAACCUGUUGGUGCGGGCAUGUAAUCAACUCGGCCAGUUCCUACAGCAUCGGGAAACCAACCUCCGAUACCUGGCCCUCGAGAGCAUGUGCACCCUGGCCAGCUCUGAAUUCUCCCACGAGGCCGUCAAGACCCACAUUGAGACCGUCAUCAACGCCCUCAAGGUCAGAACCCAUUGAAGGCACGGGCAGAGCAGAUGGGCGAGGUAGCUUGCACGCAGAAUGAGAUUGAAGGGCUAAGAGAGUGUGGUCUCCCCUAACCCUCUCCCCAUGUGCUGGUGGUGAAAUUUGGGGGGGGGGAGAGAUUUCACUGGGUAUUCCCCAUUGGGAGAUGGAGUCUGCCAACAUCUCAAGGGCCACAGCCUCCCAUCCUUGGACUGAGGAGCAUAGCAGGGAAUGAGCCGCUGGAAAGCAAUGGAGCAUCACUUCAGCCUGGUACCACCUGCAUGCUCUUCUUGCUCACCUAAUCCUAUCCAACUGCUGGUUGUUAUAGUGGGCUUGCAGAAGAUGCUCCAUUUGUAAGUGUGAAAGCCAACCGGGGCAAGACGGGGGUUAUGCCGCAGGCAAGAACUUUCUGGUCUCACACUCCCGGCCUCUUUUUCCCAGACGGAGAGGGACGUGAGCGUGCGCCAGCGGGCUGCCGAUCUCCUCUACGCCAUGUGCGACCGCACCAACGCCAAGCAGAUCGUCUCGGAGAUGCUCAGCUACCUGGAAACGGCAGAUUACUCUAUCCGCGAGGAGAUUGUGAGUGGGUUUUUCAGCUCGUGGGAAAGAGAGCUGUUUCUUCAUCUAGGUAGAUUUCUGUGAAACAGCAAGGGGGGAAGGGAGGCCAGGAGUUUCCAAAUCCUCUUAAAGGGAUUUGGCAUGCAGGGUGGCCCUACUGUUGGGCAGAGCAGGGCAGCUGCCUCAGUUGGCAUAUGAUGGAAAUUUGGAGGGAGGCAACAGUGGCAGCUUUCUGGCUGUUUGCACUGAGAUCCCCCAACCACUAGCCAUUCCCUUUGAUUGGAGAACAGAGAUGUGUACGCUUGACUGCAUAGGAAGAUGUUUUCCCUUUGCCAGUGUUGAAGUUAUGUUCAGCUGCCAUUCUAAUCGGCUUCUGUAUGUGGAAUGGUGGGGAGGAGAGGAGGCACAGCACCAUCAGCAUCAAGGUGUCGCGUCAGCCUUGCUGGUACUGAAGAGUAGCCCCUAGUGGCUUAAAGCCUGAUAGGAACUGGCAGGGCAGGGCAAUAUUUCAUUUUCCAUAUCUCCCAGGUGCUGAAGGUGGCUAUCCUUGCUGAGAAAUAUGCAGUGGACUACAGCUGGUAUGUGGACACCAUCCUCAAUCUGAUCCGUAUCGCCGGGGACUAUGUGAGCGAGGAGGUCUGGUACCGCGUCAUCCAGAUCGUCAUCAACCGAGACGACGUCCAAGGCUAUGCUGCCAAGACGGUCUUUGAGGUGGGUGGGGUUGGUCAGAGUCAUUGACCGUUUCUUCUUUGCCUUCCCUGUCGCUCUGGGGAGAAGCCUUCUCUUCCCUCUAUAUUGUUGGACUACAACUCCCAUUGGGACAUGGGUGGCGCUGUGGUCUAAACCACAGAGCCUAGGGCUUGCUGAUCAGAAGGUUGGCGGUUUGAAUCCCUGCGACGGGUUGAGCUCCCGUUGCUCGGUCCCAGCUCCUGCCGACCUAGCAGUUUGAAAGCACAUCAAAGUGCAAGUAGAUAAAUAGGUACCACUCCGGCGGGAAGGUAAACGGCGUUUCCAUGCGCUACUCUGCUUCACCAGAAGCAGCUUAGUCAUUCUGGCCACAUGACCCGGAAGCUGUCUGCGGACAAACACCAGCUCCCUCGGCCUAUAGAGCGAGAUGAGCGUGCAACCCCAGUCGUCCGCGACUGGACCUAACAGUCAGGGGUACCUUUACCUUUACAACUCCCAUUAGCUACAGCCAGAAUAUGGCCAGCAGUCAGGCAUGAUGGGGGUUGGAGUCCAACAGCAUCCUCAAGGCCACAGUUUCCCCAGUGCUGCUUGCUCUGUGGGUGGGUAAGAUGCGUGUCCAGCUGCCUCGCUAAAAAGGUACCCCUGCCCGUACGGGCCAGUCGUGUCCGACUCUAGGGUUGUGCGCCCAUCUCACUUAAGAGGCCGGGGGCCAGCGCUGUCCGGAGACACUUCCGGGUCACGUGGCCAGCGUGACGAGCUGCUCUGGCGAGCCAGCACCAGCGCAGCACACGGAAACGCCGUUUACCUUCCCGCUAUAAAGCGGUACCUAUUUAUCUACUUGCACUUGGGGGUGCUUUCGAACUGCUAGGUGGGCAGGAGCUGGGACUGAACGACGGGAGCUCACCCCGCCGCAGGGAUUCGAACCGCCAACCAUGAGAUCGGCAAGUCCUAGGCACUGAGGUUUUACCCACAGCGCCACCCGCGUCCCCCUAGCCGCCUUGCUAGAGGGCUGCUAAUUGAUACAAAAUAGCCUGAGAGGAAUUCUGCAAAUCUAGGUGAAUUGAUUUCGCAAUAGUAAUAAAGUGUCUGUCACAAAGGGUACGUCUAGAUGUAACUGUCAACAAGAACAGGGGGCGGGGGGCAGUUUCAAGACCUAUAAACACAAGGAACAGCCAACCAGCUCUGUGCGAAUCAGUCUUUGUCACAAACUGCAGAGGAGGGAGAGAAGUCUGCCCUAAGCUCAGUCCUGGGGAGAUGGCAGUCCAUGUGUCACAAGCUGUGAUGAAUGCGCUUCUACAGCAGGCUCAUCACUGAAUUUAUGUACAGGCAGAGACCAUUUUAAGCAUGUCCAGUAUGUGCGCAACCGCACCUCAAACCUGGAAGCGACCCGAAAAUGUCACAAAAGGGGGCAAUAACCUGUAACUGUAAUAACCUGCAAUUUCAUAAGAGUAUGUAUUUAAAGUACCGUAUUUUUCGCUCUAUAAGACGCACCAGACCACAAGACGCACCUAGUUUUUGGAGGAGGAAAACAGGAAAAAAAAUAUUCUGAAUCUCAGAAGCCAGAACAGCAAGAGGGAUCGCUGUGCAGUGAAAGCAGCAAAUCCCUCUUGCUGUUCUGGCUUCUGGGAUAGCUGCGCAGCCUGCAUUUGCUCCAUAAGACGCACACACAUUUCCCCUUACUUUUUAGGAGGGAAAAAGUGAGUCUUAUAGAGCAAAAAAUAUGGUAGAUGAAUAAAUGAACAAAUUAAAUUAAUUUGCAUAUGUAGAAGAUAUUAAGAAUAAAUUUAAGGAACUGCAGAAAGAGGGGGAAGGAAGCCAAGUUUUGAAAUGUUAAAAUGACUGUAAAUUUUUUGAAAUGUAUAAACCUGAAAAUCAUAAAUAUUAAAAAGGGGGGACAGGGACUGAAUGGGGUGCUUGCAGCCUUUUUCAAUGGUGUUCCAAGUAUGCGCAGUUUCACUUAAACGCAUGGUUCCUUGGAACACAACCCCCACAUAAAUUGGGAGUUGCCUGUGCGUCUCAAUUCAGCCACAGUUCUUUCUGGGUUAGAGACCCAGAAUGAACCUAAAAGAGCCUGAGGCAAUUGCGGGGUUAGUCCUUUUGAGACACGUCAGGAAAAGGGCUAAAUCAUGGCCUGAUGGUUGCAUGGGAGCCUGAAUGGGGGCUUAUUUUUUCUCCCUGCCUCCCUACAGCACAUUACAGAUCUCCUUUGUUUUCCAUAGGCCCUACAGGCGCCCGCCUGCCACGAGAACAUGGUCAAAGUUGGCGGCUACAUCCUAGGGGAGUUUGGGAACCUCAUCGCUGGAGAUCCUCGCUCAAGGUUGGGAACUGUGGGAGGAAGGGAUGGGGGCAGUGCCUAGGAGAGGGACCCACUAGCCCACCUUAUUGGUGACAGGUUCUUUCUCUCCAUCCGCCGAUCCUCAAAACAGCUCUGAGUGAGAUGCCUCCUCAAGGCCAUUCAGUGGGCUGGUUCUCUCCAAUCCCUGUGGCAGCAACCCUGUGGUUCUCAACCCUGGAAGCCCUUAUUUUACCAUUCCAGUGGGCGCUAGGCCAAGCAUGUCAGGGAGAGGGCAAGGCUAGGACUCUGGCAUGUAGAUUCUUUUGGGGGGUGGGAUUUAUAUUUAAUUUUUUUGGUAUGAUCCUUCGAACACGUGAGCCUCCACCUGCAGUCUGAAAUGAAUGGUACAGCCCAGGGACAGGUUAGCAGCCUCACAGAGAACUAGGGCUUAGUUCUGUUUGCAGAGGCUCGUCCCCUUCUUUUCUCAGCUUGGUGAGGCACAUUGGCAUGCCUUGCUUCAGGUCCCCUCCCCUCUGCUAUGCUGACUUGGAGUGUGGCAGCUAAAAAUGGUGCCACCCUCAACCCGUGCCUCCUUCCUGAAGGAGCGUCUCCACCCACAUCACUCAGUCCAGACACUGAGGUCCAGCACCAAGGGCCUUCUGGCAGUUCCCUCACUGCACAAAGUGAAACUACAAGGAACCAGACAGAAAGCCUUUUUGGUAGUCACAUCUGCCCUGCAGAACACCCUCCUGGCAGAUGUUAGAAUCUGUAAAAUUUUUCGUAGACAUCUGAAGGCCAGCCCUAUUUCAGAGUGCUUUUAAUGUUUGAUUUUGUCAUUGUUUUGUUGUUAUUUUUGUAGGAAACCUCCCAGUGUGGCUGGGGCCCAGUCAGAUGGGCAGGGUAUUAGAAAGAAAGUAUAAUAGAGUGGAACCUUGGUUCUCAAACUUAAUCCAUUCCGGGAGUCCGUUCAACUCCCAAAAUGGUUCGAAAAACAAGGUGCGGUUUCUGAUUGGCUGCAGGAGCUUCCUGCACUCAAUUGGAAGCUGCGUCGGACGUUCGGCUUCCGAGAAACGUUCGCAAACUGCAACACUCACUUCUGGGUUUGUGACAUUCGGGAGCCGAUUUGUUUGGGAGCCAAGCCAUUUGAGAAACCAAGCUACCAUCAUCCUUCCUUCCUUCCUUCCUUCCUUCCUUCCUUCCUUCCUUCCUUCCUUCCCCUCUUCCAGCCCUCUGGUGCAGUUCAACCUCCUGCACUCCAAGUUCCACCUCUGCAGCGUCUCCACCCGGGCUUUGCUCCUCUCCACCUACAUCAAGUUCAUCAACCUCUUCCCUGAGACCAAGGGCACCAUCCAGGAAGUGCUGCGCUCCGACAGCCAGAUCCGCAACGCCGACGUGGAGCUGCAGCAGCGGGCGGUUGAGUACCUCAAGCUCAGCUCCAUCGCCAGCACCGAUGUCUUGGUGAGGGGGAAACUGGGAAUGUUGCGAGAGACGGGUGGGCUGGUAGCUAAGUCAGCCAUUCAUCUUGGGGAGACUGGGUGGGGGAAGAGAGUUGGCUGAUCUGAAAGAGAAACUGGUUGCAGCUGCAUCAAAUAAGGGGAGACGUAAGGCUUCGAUCUGUGAAUUGAAACCAGCUCUUGGGAUUUUUUUGUGUGCUGCGCCAGAAGCCCAUUUCUGCCCCUUCACCAUAGGCCACAAUGGGGAGCCAGGAAAAGGAACCUGCCUUAUAUACCAGGGUCAGACCUCUGUUUCCCCUGCCUACGCUGACUAUACUGGUUGGCAGCAGCUUUCCAGGGUUUCAGCAGCUUUCAGCAACCGGGAGGUGGUAGGGAUUGAACCUGGGACCUUCUGAGCCACAGCUCCCUUUCCAAAUCCCAUCGGCCCCAGACAGUGUGACCCAAUGAUCAGGGUGUAUGGCAGUUGUAGUCCAACAACACUGGGUGGGCCGUACAUCCGCCGCACAUGAAGGAAUCUGACCCUUGAGCCGAAAAGGGCUCUGGAGCCUUUGAGGAUUCCAGCAUUUUGGCUCCCUGAAGUUUUUUGUAAGAUCUGCCUUUUCCAAGAGGAAUUGUAUGGGCUUUUAAAAUUUUAUCUCUGCCGUUUGCUUGUUUUGGGCACUGGAUUGGUAUUUUAUUGUUUCUGCUGCAUUUAAAAACAAAACUGGUGCUGGCAAGAGAACUGUGGUUAUGGGGCAGAAUAGAAGUGUCAUGAAUGAAAAAGUUGUUGGCAUCCGUCCGUCUCGGGGACAAUGCGCCUUUGGGGGUGAAGUCAAACUAUUGAAAAGUUACAGCCCCUGCUGAGGGUGUUUUGUCGCGGCUGGGGCAGAUGAAGGCGUCCAGCUGUGCUGCUGCAGAUGCACCACAGCGUUGCUUCUCUCUGCGCUCUGCCCAGCAGUCAUUCCUCCUCCGAUCACUGCUGACUGUCUUGCCUCCAGGCACUGUGGUUGUCUGGAAGGGAUUCCCACAUGGUGGGGUUGAUGUUGCCAGCCUUCAUAUCACAUUUGCAGACAUCCUUUGUAGCACAGAGUUGGUCUGCCAAUGGGCCUGGUGCCUGAAGCCAGCUCCCCCUAGAGCACGUCCUUGGGAAUCCUGCCACCUUUCCAUUCUGCGGACAUAACCAAGCCGUAAAUGAAAAGCAGACGAAUAACUCGUCAUUCGAACCCUUCUCCGUCUCCCCAACUCCGCCCCUUAGGCAACGGUGCUGGAGGAGAUGCCUCCAUUCCCUGAGCGCGAGUCCUCCAUCCUGGCUAAGCUCAAGAAGAAGAAGGGCCCCGGAGCUGGCAGCGAGCUGGACGACGGCAAGAAGGACCCCAACUCCGAAAUCAAUGGGGGCAUGGAACCCUCAGCCAGCACUGCUGUGAGUGCCAAAAAGAGGGAGGGUCUGGGGCUUGGAGACUUGGGGUGUCCCCUGGCAAGAAAAUGGUGCCUUGUGUGUGGGAGACCGGGGCUCUUUGGAGAAGGGAGGUGUCGGGAGUCAAAGCCCAGGGCGAGAACCAUUUACCAGAAAGCCUGUGGUGCUGUAAAGUGGGAAGGGAAGUGGGUGGGUGGAUUCUGCGAUGGCGGACAAAUUCCAUUAAGAAUUUGUCAGCUUGUUGCCAGAUCUGCCAACCAGGAGAAAUGUAGUUGUGAUGUCUCAAGCUGGUUGGUGUCCUGGCGCUGCCAUGUGCACAGUGCACCCCUCUUCCCUCCCCUUGGGCCUUGCCCAAAAGAUAAAAUGCAAAUCUGAGAGGUGGGCAGCAGGGAUGGAUACUGUAUAGAGUUAUAUAGAUCUAGAGAUUAGAAUUAGUAAAGAAAUGCAGAUCUGUAAAUUAGAAAUGGUAAAGAAAUAAUAGAUAUAGAAAACGGAAUUCGUAAAAGGCAGCACUGAGAGGCUUGUCCCUUCCCCGCAGAAAUGAGGAGGUGUUAAUGAAUCUGAUGUACGAAUGUGUCCAAUUUGCACAAUUAUUCCAAUUGCAGAAUUUGUUUUUUUCUGGACACAUUUUAGUGCAGGAGUAGAGAGAAAGCAUGCUCCCACAGCGCAGGGCCCGGUACCUUUUCCUCUGCCCCCAAGGUAGGUACCAGGGUUCAUGGGUUCAGUUCUCAAGGCAGGUGCAUGGAAGGACCUUUACCUUGGCUUCUCCCUCCCUCCCGCUUCUCCGCAGUCGACGCCAUCCCCCUCUGCCGACCUCCUCGGCCUCCGGGCAACCCCAGCAGCUGCCUCCAGCGUCCCAUCCAGUGCUGGCAACCUUUUAGUGGACGUCUUCUCGGACAGCCCCUCAUCCGCAACUGGCCUUGUGUCUGGCGCAGAAGAUAACUUCCUGAGGUGAGGGGGCCCUGGUGGGAUGUGGGCACAGGCUUUUCUGGCCCUCUGCUUUCCCAGGGGAACUGGGCAGUGGUGCUGCGGCGAGUAAUGGCGGACUCCUGUAGACACAAGGCCCACCGAAUGCUCUCUCCGUCAAAAGGGUGCAAGCCAUUUUUUUUCCGGAGGAAAGUCACUCACAGAACGGGGAUAUAGGGGCCUUUCCCGUUGCCAGGAAUAGUAACUCUGAUCCACAGCUAGCUCAGAAAGUUGAGAAGAAGCCUGGCCUGGUAUCUGGUCCUGUGUUUCAGAAGGGAUGGUGUGGAUUUUCCUCCCCGUGUUCAUGUUUGCUUUGGGCAGGCUAGAUGGAUUUUGAGGGUGCUUGUUUCCAAGAUGGUGGGGACCUUAUGGGCUUUCUCUGUCCUUUGGGAGAGGGGCAUGUGUUAGUCCUCGUGGCCUUGUCUUGCUCUCUGUUUCUUUGCCCUCUUUUGUGUGUGUGUGUAUAUCUCUCUCUCUCUCUCUUUCUGUCUGCUGCCUCUUGGGAAUGGUUCUCUCUCUCUCUUUCUUUCUCUCUCUCUCUUGCUCUGCCUUGGACGAAGCAGUGACUUGGAGGCUCCUCCCGAGAGUCCUUCAUCCCUCUUGGUGGAGGCUGGCCUGCCUGCAGAGUAAGGGGCUGAAACUCUCUCUCUGCCAAUACUGCCCACCCUGCUAUUUACCCUGCCUCCCCAACCUCCUCAGGGGCACCUCUCAAUGAGUUCUCUGUUAGGACUCCCAUCAGCUGAAAGGAGGAGAGGGCAUCUAGCAAUUUUUAAAAACCCACCUGUGUGUUUGAUUACACCUCAGCUCUCUGUGAAAGGAGGAUGAUGGAAGCUGAAAUGAUGUUCUGUGACAGGGAUGGAGAACCUUGGGUCUUUCAGGACCCCAACUUCCAUCAGCCCAGGCGGCAUGGCCAAUGGGAGUUGAAGCCCAGCUGCUGGGAAUGACAGGCAGGAAGAGCACUGCUUAUGGGCUUCCCUGUAGCAUCUGGUUGACCACUGAGAGAACAGGAUGCCGGACUGUGAUGGGCUUUUGGUCUGAGCAGGGCUCUUAUUCCUUGUCCGGUGCUGUGUCAGCAAAAGAGCCUUAGUUCAGCUCCAGCUCCUUGUCCUUGCCUUCAAAGCCACCCCCCUCCCGACCUUGUUGUCCCGCCCGCAAUCUCUCUCCGCCUCCCAUAUCAUGAUACAUCUCUGCCAGUGAUCUUCGGUCUUCCGGCUCCGCCACCCUCCAUCUUCUGAACAUCAGUGCCUCCGUCCUUUCUCGCCUGCGAUGGCGUCCCAGAACACCUGCCUGACAUCACCUUUCUUGCCUGCUAUGAAACCCGCACCACCCCCUCGUCCCCCACAUCACGCUGUAACUAAGCCUACGCACAUGCAGCCGAAACAACUGCAUACUGCCUCCCUGUCCUCUUGUUUCUCCUCUGGGUGGAAUUUUGAGAUUGGAUCCUCCUUGGGGCAGGGACCCUCUGCUCUUGUGUUCCAAAGUGCCAUGGACACAGAUGGUUCCAAGCAAGCAGAUGGGUGGAGGUGGCUGUGGAACAGAAGCAAGCAGCCCAAAGGGAAUGUCUCUUUCCUGACAUGAGUGUCGCCUCUGGGGCCUCUAGACUGCAAAGGCCAGAGAGGCCAUUGUAUCCCGGGGCUGUUAAGGAAUUGGGAGUUACUAAACUGCCUUAAGCCUUUCACAUCCUUCAUGUGAGCGAGGACCACAGGGUCCAGGGGGUGGAGGCCCAUGGCUAGAAUAUCCUGCUUCUUUGAGAAAGCAGGUUGGUUCAAGCCACUGGUGGCCAGAUCUCCUGGACUAUCAGUGGCAGCAGUGUGGGAGGUUGAUGCAGAUGUAGGCCCUACCACAAAGGAGUCCUGGGUUCCCUUGGGGUGGCAGGUGUCUCUGAGUCAAGGAAUGCAGAGUUGGGUUUCUUGGGCUUUGAGGGGAAGGCGAGCUUCUUAGCAGGUCAGGGCACCUAAAUUGCUUGCAGACGUGAUUUUUGGAGGAAGAAGAGUCUGCCUAUGCAUAAAGUCACUCACUUGAAUGGCUUUAAAAGAGGAUUAGACAAAAUCACGGAGGAUAAGGCCAGCAGUGGCUGCUAACCCUGAUGGAUAUGCUGUCGCUCCACUGUCAGAGGCAGCAUGCUUUUGGAAACCAGCCGCUAGGAAUUGCAGGUAGGGAGAGCGCUGCCAUACUUGGGCCCUGCUUGCAGGUUCCCGUAGGAACCUGCUUGGCCACUGGCGAACCAGGAUGCAAGACUGUGAUGGUCUCAUCCGGUGGGCUCUCCUUUAUGUGUAUCUUAGCAAAGGUGUUGACGAUGCAAAUACAUUUUGCUCUCGUCCUUUUAGCGCAGGUGUGUGUGGGGAAAACUUUGCCCCCUGCCUCAGUUGUUGCUAAACCACCCCCAGCAGGCAUAGCCAAUGGGAUGAUGGACAUAGCAGUUCAGCAACAACCGGAGAGCCAAAGGUUCCCAACCUUUUCUUUUAGAAGCUACUUAGGAACAGUGCCUGGUCCUUCCGCUGCCUCCUCACCUGCUGUGUUGCAUGCUGGCUUGCUGUCUAUAUAUUUGUGUGUGUGUGUGUUUGUUCUCUGCCUCCUUCUGGUACUAACCUGGUGCUGCGCCCUGGUGACUCAUCUUUUCUGCUCUCUCUUUCUCUCUCUCUUCCCCACUCCUGCCAACCGCUGGUCCCCUUUGCUAUGGCCUUUGCCACCACCUUCAGCUCAGGGGCUGCCGCAUCUGUCUCUGAGGACCCCGCUUUGCCUAUUGCUGAGGCCGAUGAACUGCUUCACAAGUAAGAUCCCGCAGUGGGACUGUGGCUCCCAGAGGCUGGGGCUGUGGGUGGCAGCGGCGGCAGACUAGAAGUCUCUUCCCCCUUGGCACAAGAGGCUUCCUCUGGUUCACCAGCCUGAUCCCAUCUGUGCUAUUAGCUCAGGGGGUUGGGAAGCAUUUUCAGCCCAGUGGGCUGCAUUUCCUCAUGAGCAACCUCCCAGGGUCCAUGUGGGUGGAGGCGGAAGUGGGCGGGACAACAGAUGCAGCUCUUAACCUCUGUACAGUGAGGCUUUCCACAUACCUUCAUCUAGGCAAUCAAGUGAGAUCAUUACAGUUUAGGACAGGGGUCAGCAAACCUUUUCAGCAGGGGGCCGGUCCACUGUCCCUCAGACCUUGUGUGGGGGCCGGACUAUAUUUUGGAAAGAAAAAAAAUUCCUGUGCCCCACAAAUAACCCAGAGAUGCAUUUUAAAUAAAAGCUCACAUUCUACUCAUGUAAAAACACGCUGAUUCCCGGACCAUCCACAGGCUGGACUUAGAAAGCGAUUGGGCUGGAUCCGGCCCCUGGGCUUUAGUUUGCCUACCCAUGGGGUUUAGGGAUACAUUUCAGCCAGGAAAAAGCAGCAAAGGAGGGUGCCAGGCCAUUAAGGGGCGUGUGUCCUGAACCUCAGGCCCAAAGGAGGGCUUGUGGGAAUGGUUGGGUGCAGGGAUACCAAAGAAAGGAUGUCCAACCACACCAGAGUGAUCAGUUCUAGUGCUUUAUUAAAAGAAAAGUGCAGACUUAAGAGCAAAGCAGCCUGCCAGGCCUCCCAGCCUUUGCAGAUGUGGGACGGACACCGCAGCAAGGAGAUGGCUUGUUCGCGCCCAAGCAAACGUUCAUGCAUUCCUUACGCAUGAAGCAGCAUGUGUCUCUUUGGGCAGACCUUCCUAUUGCUUCACCAACCUGACAAGAUAAGGGCCUAGGUGGCAAAUACCCAAAUCUUACAGAUAGCUCCCCUUUCUGGGCUCAGAAAUUCAUAGAUAAGGAUAACACCAAAGCAAGCCAGUUAACCUAUAUAUCAAAGCAAGGGAAUAUGUAGAAGCUCAUUGCUACAACACAAUACCAAUUACUGGUGGGGUUAUCUUGACUACCAAGAUGGCAUUAAGCACAGCUUUCAGAACAGUUCACCUUUGGUUCAACACAGCGUGGCCUGGGGAGACUCCCCAAGAGCCAGAUAGAAAGACCUGGAGGGAACCUCCGCCCCGGGCCUGAGGUUUCCAGCGUUGUCUUAGCUUCACCUGACACCACUCUCUGCUAUGUGCUGAAGUUCCUCUGCUUCCCAGGCAUGGCAGUUGGGAAGAAAAGGGUCUCCUCUGAACAAGGGGGUAUUUCCGAUUCACUGACCCGCUCUCAGCUGAGCCUUGAGCCCUUAGAUAGCAGGAGGUAGGCUAAGGUUGACCAGCUGCAUGUCAAAAGAGACCAGCACCAGCGGAAAGGGUGGUGUGGGGAAGUCCUGGGGGCUAGAAGCCAAAACAGAAGGAAGACCUUGGAUACCUGCCUGCCCGUAACCAACCCUCCGUGGUCCAUUGCAGGUUUGUGUGCAAGAACAACGGAGUGCUAUUUGAGAACCAGCUGCUGCAGAUCGGGGUUAAAUCGGAGUUCCGGCAGAACCUGGGUGAGUGGGGUUUGGGACAGUGGGCAGAAUGGUGACCAGCUCCCCCAGUCUGCAUAUUAGGAAGCUGGUCUUUCAUUGGCCUUACUUCAAGGAUAUGCUCCUCACAUCAGCUUCCUUGAUGGGCUCCCCACCUCUUAAACUAAUUUUUUAUCCUUUCCCUUCAAGUCCUUUUGCAUGUUGACACUUACUAGAUUUUUGCCUGUGGGGCAGGGAGCAGUAGGUACCCAUGUCUCUGACAAAUUGCGGUACUUGGAUUUUGGGAAUCCUGUAAUCUAAGCAUUUGCUUGUAUUGAUUGAUUGAAUGUAAGUGUUGCCUUUUGCUGGAGACAAAGGGAGGCACACAGUUUCUCCUGUUGGUUCUAGUAAGACUUGCUUCCAGGGGACAGUCGGUGAAUGUUUUUUUAUGUGAAGCCGCCCUGUGCUCUGUUUUGGAGGAAGAAGCCAGGGUGUAAAGAUAUUUAUCGGCUAUAAAAGUUAAUAAAUAAAUCUCCUCCUGCCAAAAUCAGAGAGGGAUGCAUGCUGUCGUGUCAGCACAAGUGUCUCUUGAGGAGAAGAUUGGAAGAGACAGUUUGUGCUGGUUAUUGGCCUUUUGGCUAAACUUGUUGGUGUGGGGCAGAGGCAGGAAACCUGUGGCUCUCCAGCUGUCGUUGGACUCCAACUCCCAUCAGCCCCUGCUAGCAUGGACAGUAGGCAGGAACGAUGGGAUCUGCAGUCCAGCACCAUCUGGAGGGCCACAGAUUCUCCAUGCCUGAUGUCGAGGGGUCCUGAGCUGGUGGUGUGAGCAGCCAAGGUGAGAUGCUGAGCAGCUCCACAUUUUUUUAAAAAAUGUCUUCUCUCCAGGCCGGAUGUAUCUCUUCUACGGGAACAAAACGUCUAUCCAGUUCCAGAGCUUUACCCCUACAGUCAGCUACCCAGGAGACCUGCAGAGCCAUAUCCUUUUGUAAACGUCUACUGCGGGUGGGGGGGAUGCGGGUGGCGCUGUGGGUUAAACCACAGAGCCUAGGACCUGCCGAUCAGAAGGUCGGUGGUUCAAAUCCCCGCAACGGGGUGAGCUCCUGUUGCUCAGUCCCUGCUCCUGCCAACCUAGCAGUUCAAAAGCACGUCAAAGUGCAAGAAGAAAAAUAGGUACCACUCCAGCGGGAAGGUAAUCGGCGUUUCCUUGUGCUGCUCUGGUUCGCCAGAAGCGGCUUAGUCCUGCUGGCCACAUGACCUGGAAGCUGUCUGUGGACAAACACCGGCUCCCUCGGCCUGAAAGCGAGAUGAGCGCAGCAACCCCAGAGUAGUCCGUGACUGGACCUAAUGGUCAGGGGUCCCUUUACCUUUACCUGGGACGGGGGCAUCUCAGAGUAGACUUGCGGCACUAGAGGCUUUCUUUCCCUUUGCUCCUCGGGGAGGAUAACACUUCGUUUCCUUAGCACCGCUCACAGCUCAACAUCCAGACAAAAGCAGUGGAGCCUCUGGUGGAGGGAGGCGCUCAAGUGCAGCAGGUCCUGAACAUCGAGUGCCUGAGCGACUUCACAGAGGCGCCCCUCAUCAACAUAAAAUUCCGGUACUGUAGUCCACAGCAUCCCUCUGGGGACUGAAUGCCAGCUUGUUGGCAUGGCUUCCACUUGCACUCUCGCUCUCUCUUGAAACACAAGGCCCAAGCCAGCAGGCUUCCCUCUUCACUCGUCAAAAAUGAUUGAUCUGUUGAACAGGGUCAUUUGCUUUCCUAUCCGUCCCCUGCCCUGGAUAGGGAGGUUUAGGCUUUUCAGUCCUCUCCAGCGUUGUGGCUCAUCUCAAUUUCCUCCCCGCUUCCCCUUUUUGUCCCCAACUUGAGGGGAUCUUGGGGCGCCAUGGGUACCCGGAAGAGAAGGGCUGUUGCAAUGGGAUGAAUGGAGAAGGGGAUGGGGCUGGGGCAGCCUGCGUGACCAGCCGCGUCUCUGCACCGGAGCAGGGAAUGAUGACGCAGAACGGUUCCAUAAUGGUUUGAAAAGCGCACGAAAUGUUUCUAGCCCUCAGUGUUGCAGAGAAAUUCUGUACAUGAGCAGAGCUGAGUGAGAUCCAUGUCUAGUUCCGGUAGUUGCCGUUUGUAUGGUUAGUCCUUACCCUGUUAUUCCCUCUGUUUGUAAGAGUGUAAGAAGAGGCUGCUGAAUGAGGCCAAUGGCCCUUCUGUUCCAUCUUCCUGUUCUCACAGUGGCCAACCAGAUGCCUGGGAAGGAAACCGCAAGCAGGAGCUAAGCAUAAGAGCACUUGUUUCUCCUGCAGUCUCCUGCAGCUAUCAUUCAGAAGGAUAUUGCCUCUAACUGUGAAGACAGAGCAUAGCCAUCAUGACCAGUAGCCACUGACAGUCCUUAUCCCUCUCCAGUUUUCCCAUGAAUGUCGGACCUCCAGCAAUUGCUGUUUCAUAACUGGCAGUUAGAAGAUCCUGUGCUCAGUGGACUUGGGGAAUCGGCCAUGUUCCAGCCGAUCCUCUUGAAGUGCAGGGACAGCUGUGCUAUGGGGAGUUCAGUGUCUCUUCCCGCCCCCCCCAUGCCCCCUUUCAUGGGUCUCUCUCCUCCAUGUUUCUGCCAGGUACGGUGGGACACUGCAGAACCUCACACUCAAACUGCCCGUAACGGUCAACAAAUUUUUCCAGGCAACAGAGAUGCAAUCACAAGAUUUCUUCCAGCGCUGGAAACAGCUCAGCCUGUAAGUGGGGGAAUAUAUAGUACGAGUUUUGAGAAAUGUUAUCGGUGGAGCUGAUUUUAAUAUCAGAAGUUGGGUUUACCAGCACCUGUUUAUGCGUUUGAGGGAGCAACUCAGGAAACUUCCUCAGUAAGACUUAACAUAUUUCCCAUCAUUUGUGCUUUCUCCCCCUCCCUGUGUUUGCUUAGUCCAUCCCAGGAACCUUCUCCUUUCUUGAGCCGCUUGGUAUAGCCUUAAAGUCUCUUUAGGUGACUGUCGGUGUGCAGCAGUCGUCCUCUUUACCAAAUUUAUGUUCAGGAGAGACUGUAGCCCAGUGGAACAGCACCUGCCUUGCGUGCAGAAGGUCCUAGCUUCAAUCCUGGGUGCCUCAAGAUAGGGCUGGAGAAUAAUGCCUGCCUGAAUCCUUGGAAAGGCACUGCCAGCCAGAGUAGACAAUAUUGAGCUAGCUGGACCGAUGGUCUGAUUCAGUAUAAGACAGUUUCCUGUGUCCAUAAAUGGCACAAGAUUUUUACUUCCAGAUGAACUACUAUUAGGGGGUGGUGGCACCCCAGACAUUCUGCCGCCACCACCACCACCACAAGUGCUUGGAGGAUUGAAAGUUUGUGCCUUUCACUACCCCUGCAAUGGGAUCAGUUAACCAGCUAAUGCGUACUUGGCCAAGUCUUAUCAGGUGGGCAUGACCCUGUGAGCUGGUCUGUUUUGUGCUGGUGAGACUUGCUCAGUAGAAGUGCUGGCUCUCUGGCAAGAACCUAUAGCAAAAACUUCCCUUUAGAUUAAGAGCAGCAGCGUUGUAAGCAGAUGCUGUGGUUUUUAGCAAGCUAGUCGAAAGCUGUGUGAAUUGGAUUGCUUUAAUUGUGUCUGUUGUUCAUACAUGCUGCUGCCUAUGCAAUUUCUCUCCCCAGCAAUCACCUAUAUAUGUGUGUGUGUGUGUGUGUGUGUGUGUGUGUGUGUGUGUGAGAGAGAGAGAGAGAGAGAGAGAGAGAGAGAGAUAAGGAAAUAGUCAGAGAUUUUAAGGUAUUAGUCAAAGCUUUUUGGAGUGACUGUUAGUUAGAUCCUGCUUGUGGCAUCUUCCUUUCCUUCCAUAUCACCUGAAAUCAGUCAGUUUCAAAAGAUGGGCAGUUUGAGAGAUCUACCCCACUUCUCCUGGCCUACUUGAGAGAUCAGUGUUUGAAAUUCCCUUUGCCAACCUGGUGCUACCUUCCAGCUGUGUUGGAUUGCAACCCCUCAUUAGCUCCAGCCAGCGCAACUUAUUGUCUGGGCUGAUGGGAGUUGUAGUCCAGCAACUUCUGGAGAGCUCCAUAGGCUUCCCAAGCCAUGUUUCGAGGAAGGUGCAUCUUUUGGGGGCUGAGCAAGGAUUAUGAGCAGCAAGACAGCUCAGCUGUACUUGAUGACAAAGGGUGGCUUAGAACAUCUCUCGUACUGCAUAAUACGGCCUAGAUACUGCUGUACCAUGAACGUUUCUGUUGGUUAUCAAACAACCUGCCUAGAAGAGGUGCCCAGAACUCUCCUGCAAGGCCCAAGGGCUUUUGCUUGUACCUGGGGACUGAUUUUUGCCUUCCUCAGGGGCACAUCUUUUUUAAUUGCCACAGUGACUCAGCAGAUGCAACUUCUGGUGAAUGGCUGAGGCACAACUAGGUUGUGUGGCAGGUUGAUGAGGAAGAGAAAGUUUUGCGCUGUCACUGAUCUGACACUAUCCCAUCCCAAAUCCUUCUGCAGGCCACAGCAGGAAGCCCAGAAGAUAUUCAAGGCAAACCACCCCAUGGAUUCCGAAGUCACCAAGGCCAAGGUGAGCACGCUCACAUGUGUUUGCGUUCACCGUGGGAAGCGUGGAAAAUUAAGGUUUGGGCAAAUAAACAUGAAACGCAAACGUUCUUUGGAAUAGUGACAGAGGUAAAUAGGCAUGGAGAUCAGGGUCAGUAGACGGGGUAUAAAACACCCAGGCUUUCCCAUUCCUUGGUAUCCAACAAAGAGUGCUUUUGCACAAUGUGCAGGACACCUGUGUCACCGAGACUGAAAUCUUUUGGGUGGCAGGUGGAUGUAGAGCUAGAGACCACAUGAGCUGUACUGCCGGCUAGGAUGCCAGCAUCUUCCUACCCCAUUUUGUUCCCUCGCCUUGUACACCUUUCCCCUCGACUGCCUUCCCCACGGCAGCCAAGCAGAGGAGCCCAACUAAGCUGAAUUUCCUUCUUUCCACAGCUGCUAGGUUUCGGCAGCGCGCUCUUGGAGAAGGUGGAUCCAAACCCUGAUAACUACGUAGGAGCUGGGAUCAUCCAGACGAAGGCGCUGCAGGUGGGAUGCUUGCUGCGGCUGGAGCCCAACGCCCAGGCACAGGUGAGGAGGCAAGAGCUCCGGGAUGCUUGAGCUCUGGGAGCAGAGUGGAAAGGAGGAUACUGCAGUGGGAGAGAACUGGCAGUUGGGACUCCUGGGUUGUCCAAAGAGGGAAGGAGGGAUUUGGGAGAAGCUGAAAGCUCUGCUGCCCCAAGAGUGCUUUCUGAAGCCAGACUUAAAGGCUGAAUUGACUCUACGUUUCCCUGCAGAUGUACCGGCUGACCCUGCGCACCAGCAAGGAGUCCGUUUCGAAGCACCUUUGCGAGCUGCUCUCUCAGCAGUUCUGAGACAUUGGCCGCACCAGAGGAGGCGGGGAGGGCGGGCUGCACCGGGGAGAGGGGAGGCUGUUCCUGCACACUUGGCUGCCUACACCUGCCCCCUCCCACCUCCCUCCGAACCAGGGGCCUCCGGAAAGACUGUACUGCUCCCUUGCCUGUUGUUGUGAUGACCUCUGUGUUCUCAUUGCCUAGCCCGGGCCAGCACCAAGGAAUACAAAGCAAGGUGGGCGGGGUGGGGAGCAGAAAUGGGGUCCCUGGCAUGGACAAAGUAGAAUUGGGACGGUGGGGAGGGGGGGAUGAUUUGCGUCGGGGUAGGGCAUCCUUCUGGGAGUCAUCUUCCCCUUGCCCGGAGGGUGGCCCCCUGGAAGAAAGCCAAGACCUCUCCCAUCCAUCCCAUCUGCCUGUCCCUUCCAACUCGGGGUGAGGCUGAGAUUUGUGGUCUUAAUCCCCACCCCUACCCCCACGAUAUCGGCCGGCAUUUUUGGGUUUUGUUUACAAUCCUCGCCCCCUUCUCCCCCCAGACAAGGCCUUUCUGUGGGGGAGGUUAACUCCCCCCGCUUUCCCCUGAGCUGGCUGUGGGGGGGUUGCGGGAGAGGAAUGGGGUGCGUGUGGGUUUUUUGUGGGGAGGGAACUGCUCGUAGGGGGGUUGUUUUUGUGUUUUCUUUGCCUUGUGUAUUUCCCCGGGGUGGGGUGGGCAUGGGCGUUCUUCCUUUCCUUUGUCAUGGACCAUUCCAGUGUUACAGUUGCGUGUGUUUUUGUGGGGAAGUAACCAUAAGUCGAGAGCCUCCCCCCUUCCCUCGCCUCCUAGAAGGAAAAACUGCACGAAGGUGGGGAGGGCUGUGAGGAAGAGAUGCCUAAUCGACUCCUCUCCCGACUCCCCUCAACCCCACCCUUCCCUCCUGGAGACUCUGGAAUGCUGCCCUCCGUGCAUUUUGGAAAAGCGGGGAGGGAAGGUUCAGUUCAUGCUAUUCUGGGGGUGUCCCAGCUUCCAUGCCGGCCCGGGCUCCAUGUUACUCUGCUGUGUAGGUGUUAUCUAGCGCAUCUUAGUUUUAUCUGGGUUUUGAAUGCCUGUAUCUAUCUCCAUGUGACUCUUAAUAAAGCCGUGAGGGCGGGGGAGAGCCAGGAUCAAGCCAGGCUGGGUCACCCCCACACCGCUGACUGACUCGUUGUGUGCUGCUUUUUAAUAUGUGGAUAAAUGGCAGGGCGGGAGGGUGUCCCCAACCCCCUGGAGCAGAGGUAGCCAUGACUGUGUGAGACAGAAUCUGGUAUUUCUUCCAUGCGGGCUUCUAGCUAUGGUGACGCAACGGCAGCUUUGUCUUCACAGCUGGAACCUGCUAUGUUUCCGGUGGGGGUGGUUUGCCCCGACACCCGCAGAAGAGGGGGUUCAGCUGUAUGGAAUUGGUAGGCCGAGAAGCGUUCGAAACACUUUGCGGCCGAAGUGCAACAAUUCCGUUAUGUCAAUGGCACAAAGACACAAAGAGUGUGCUUUUUGCUGGGGCUAGAAUGCAGGGAUGCUUUCUAGGGUACCCCAGCCGUGGGACUGAAGGCAAGACUUUUUAAAAAGAGGGAGGAGGCCCACUUCUUCCUCAGAAGCACAAUGCAUUUACCUUUGUAAUCUCUCACCUUCCUGCAAAGCCUAAAAGCAGUGGGGAAUGGAGGGGGCUAAUUAAAGAUUAGGAGACCAUGUUCGCUUCCCUAAGAUAUACCAUUUCUGGUGGGUGUUGAAAUCUGUAACAAGCCCCUCCCUUAAUUCUGUGGUGUGAAUAAAUUAUGCAGAUCACCUGCAUAAACGUAUCUGAUGUGCAAGCC